CAUACUUCCUGGUGUGGCGCGUGGAGUUUCCGGUUUUGUGGCUUUGUUCUAUAAAGAGUGAACGGACUCGGAGCUAUCAGGUCCAUCACGCUUCAAGCUCUGCGCUCCUUGCGUCUAAUUUCUGCCUGUGUCAAAAUGCCCAAAAGGGGGAAGAAGGAAGAAGCCAGUGAGGAUCAUGAGCAGAAUGGGAAUGAACCUGAAGUUAAAAAAGGUAAGAAGGGAGCAGGUAAGGCUGAGAAGGAAGCAGAACCUGCUGCUGUCUAUGAAGAUGCUCCGGAUAAGCUGACAACAGAAGAUGGCAAGAAAUACAGCUUGAAAAUCAGCUCUUGGAAUGUGGAUGGCAUCAGGGCCUGGUUUAAAAAACAGGGAUUGACUUGGGUAAGAGAAGAAGACCCUGACAUAAUGUGUCUUCAAGAGACCAAGUGUGCAGAGAAAGCCUUGCCUGCUGAAAUCAAAGACAUGCCUGAGUAUCCCCACAAAUACUGGGCAUGCUCUGAUGAAAAGGAGGGGUACAGUGGUGUGGCCAUGCUUUGUAAAGAAAAACCACUAAAUGUUACCUAUGGCAUUGGAAUUGAAGAGCACGAUAAAGAAGGUCGUGUCAUAACGGCUGAAUUUGAUUCUUACUAUCUGGUUGCUGCUUAUGUACCCAAUGCAAGCCGUGGCCUGGUACGUCUAGACUAUCGUCAGCGAUGGGAUGUGGAUUUUCGUAGCUAUUUGAAAGGGCUUGAUAGCAAGAAAUCACUAAUACUGUGUGGGGAUCUGAAUGUAGCCCAUGCAGAGAUUGACUUGAAAAACCCCAAGACCAACAAAAAGACACCCGGAUUUACCCCGCAGGAGCGUCAGGGUUUUAGUGAUCUGCUUGAUGAGGGCUUUCUGGAUAGCUUUCGAGAAUUGUACCCUACAACACCUUAUGCAUACACCUUCUGGACAUAUAUGAUGAAUGCCCGGGCCAAGAAUGUGGGCUGGAGGCUGGAUUACUUUGUACUUUCAAAAUCACUACGGCCAGCCCUGUGUGACAGCAAGAUAAGGAGCAAGGCCAUGGGAAGUGACCACUGCCCUAUAACUCUCUACAUGGCCAUAUAGGCAAAGUUGUUAUUACUUAACCGAAACACUAUGGUCAUGUAUAGAAAGUAGUGGUCACUAACCCUUAGCAUGCUAAUCAUUAAACAUUAAUAUGGCUAAUACUGGUAAUAAUUUCACCAUUCUAAAUAAAUUAUCACUGUCAUAUAUUUCAUAAUAUGACCAUAUAAAUGUAGUAGGAAAACCUUCAUAUAAACCUUUGUAUGGUCAUAUUAUGCUGUUAUAGGCUGACAGUUAUUCAGGUUGUUUUAUUCUAAGAGAAGGCAAUUGUCAUCUUUUACUGUAAACAGUAGUUCAUUUUACAAAAGGCCUUCCGGGUAAUGUCCUGCUUUACUGACGUGGUCAGAUUAACUAAGAAUUUCAUAUAAUAUUAAAAUUAGAAAGCUGUACCCUUUAAUUAGUGUAGUUCAGUCUUUCCUCAGCAACCCAUUUAAAUGCCUGAAUGUGUCUGAUGCUGUAACCCUUUCAUUGUAUAAGAAGCCUACUCCACAUCAAACAGAUCAAAUUAUUAGAGCACAGUUGAAACAAGAUAGACCUUUUACAGUAGUCCUUUAUUUUCACUGUUCAUAGAAAUAUUGGUUGCCUAUAACCCAUCAGUCACUUGUGUCCUCUAGUGAAAUAAAGAAGAUAUUUUGAAUUUAUUUUUAGAAUUCUUAAUUUGUAUAAAAUCUAUCCUGGGCAAUUAAAAAAAAUAAAUAAAGAAACAUGGUGACUGCGUAUUGCAUCACUUUGCUGUCUUUUUCUAUGUUUUGCUUUGUUGCUAUAGGAGGGUGUGUGUAUAAUAAGUACUUAUUGUUUGGAUAACUGAUUUAACAAAACAUAUUAUUUUGAGAUUCCGGGAAUAACGUGCUACAGGUAUCCGCUACAUUAAAGUUGACAAUUCAAAUUAACUUGUGGUUUUGUUACUGUAUUUUGUUUUUACUUAGUUUCUUGUAUAUGAAUUAUUUGUUGCGAUGUAAGUGCAGCUACUGUUGACAUUUAAUAGGCUGGUUUGCAAAGUGAUGUAUUUAUAUGUCACUAUACCUGCCAUACGAAGACAAUGUUAUACAUUUAUUUUGAACAGUGAAAGACAAACAUUGAGUUUUUGAUAUGUUUUAUAAAAUGUUGCUUGGUUGCACCUACAAGUAGUAGAGUAAAAUAGUUCCCUUCACAGUACUGCUAGAAGUAGUGUACGUGGCCUGUGCCAACUAUUUAUAGCAGUGAACGGUUUGAGGUUUCUAAGAAUUAUGCCCUUCAAAGUAACAGAUGUUUGAGUGUUCUUAUUUUUCUAAAAGUUUUUUUUUGUUACAAACUUAAUAAAAAGAUACUAAAAUG